AUGAAAACAAUUUCGAUUGGCCGUGGUGGCCAGAUGGUGCCUUUGGUUGGGUUUGGCCUGUGGAGAAUCGCCAAUGACUCCUGCGCCGACGCUGUCUAUAAUGCCAUUAAAGCUGGGUACAGGCUUUUCGACGGUGCUUGCGACUACGGGAAUGAAGCCGGAGCCGGCGAAGGCAUCACUCGCGCAAUCAAAGAUGGAUUAGUCAAACGAGAGGAUCUAUUCAUUAUCUCAAAGCUUUGGAAUACCUAUCAUGAAGCACAUCGGGUGGAAGAGAUCGUUUCAAAGCAACUGGCGGACUGGCAGGUGGACUAUUUCGAUCUAUAUUUGAUGCAUUUCCCUAUUGCCUUGAAAUAUGUCCCGCCAGCAGUCCGUUAUCCUCCCGGAUGGUUCUAUGAGGACAAUCGUGUGGAACCCGGUACGGCCAGCAUACAGGAGACCUGGCAGGCAAUGGAAAGGCUGGUGGAUCAGGGUUCUGCCAAAAGCAUUGGAGUGUCUAACUUCUCGGGCUCCUUGUUAAUGGAUCUUCUACGCUAUGCGCGAAUUCCGCCUGCCGCUUUGCAGAUUGAGCUUCACCCGUACCUAGCUCAGAAUCACCUGGUCCAAUUUGCGCAGGAGAAUGGCAUCGCGGUCAUUGCCUUUUCUUCCUUUGGAGGCCUGUCGUACCCACAGUCCGAAAAGACUGCACCGGAAAAAGUCUUGUCGCUCCUGGAGCAUCCGGCUAUUGUUUCAAUUGCCGAACGAGUGCAUCAAGCGCCGUCGCAGGUGCUUCUCCGGUGGGCGACCCAACGCGGCAUUUUGGUCAUCCCGAGAAGCACCAGCACCGAGCGGAUGGGCUUAAAUUUGACAUCGACCGCCUUUGACCUGGAGGAGGACGACAUAAAAAAGAUCAGCUCUUUGGAUAUCGGGCUCCGGUUCAAUGAUCCGAUGCAGUUCCUCGGCCAAUUUCCUAUCUAUUAUUGA